AUGGAAGAGCUCACGGAGUUCGUUUCUAAAACCUUCAAAGACACAUCUGCGGAUCCGCCGCAGUCUUCAAGGUGUCUUUCAUUCAUGGCACAGAACCUCGCUACGCCAUUCAAACGAGAAGAGGAAGAAGACUCGAAGGAUUCGAGGGAUUGUUUCUCGCGCGAGGACGCCAUUUCGCCCCGACCGUUGAAUCUCAAGGAAGCAUCUUUCUCGCAUCGCGAUUUGAAGGAGGCUAGAAAUAAUUCCGGGGUGAAACAGAGAAGAUCACGCACUAACUUCACAUUGGAGCAGCUGAAUGAGCUCGAGAAACUUUUCGAUGAAACACACUACCCCGAUGCUUUCAUGAGAGAGGAACUUUCUCAGCGUCUAGGCCUGUCGGAAGCGAGAGUACAGGUCUGGUUCCAAAACCGGAGAGCUAAAUGCCGGAAGCAUGAGAGUCAACUACAUAAAAACAAGCUGAAUCAUCUGCCAACGGUAUCUGCGCUGAGCUCGAUCGGCUCCAUGCCAUCGCUGACACCGCUGGCGCAAUUGGGGUCGUUCCCGGUUAUCGGUGCUCUAGGUCACGCAAAGACUCUGCCGAAGGACAUGCCAUUAUCGGCCUUCGUCAGCGUGAACUCUGCUCGAGAAGCAGAGGGGAAAUUUCCACCGUCGCCACCGUCUGCACGAUCUCCGACGCCUCCGUCGACGUCCUGUCCUACGAAAGUCGGCAAUUCAGCCUCGACUUCCUUGUUCCACGCCCUUCCAAGCAUUAUCGAAUCUUCUUCCAAGCAAUUAUCCUUCAACUCGCUCGCGCAACCUCUGCCAUACGAGCAUUUACUGGCAGCCGCCCAACACUACGCUCUGUUAAUGAAUGGGCAUGAGCGUUGGGGCGGAUAUCUCAACUUGAGUCUCAGUCCUCUGGCCAUCAACGCACUCUUGAACCUCGACGGUCAAUCUAAUGCUUCGCUCGCCAACAGCAUGACGAACCUCCAGAGCGAGACAACAGGAACCGAUCUCCGAAUUAAAACUAAAGCUGCGGAAUCGAAUUUAUGACACCCGUGGGAAAAACGUUCGUUCUUGGGUCCAGACAGCCUGGACCGAAGGCAUGCACGAGGAGAGCAGACGAGGGAUGACGCUCCAAUUCCAGAAGACGAAGUUUGCGUCGAUGACGAUGAUGAGGACCAGGAAAAAUGAAGGGUCG